UAGCACAGAAUCACCCAAUGAGAUCAAUUGAUACUGUGAUGCUGUCUAGUGUAUUCUUGGAUAUCGAUGAUGACUAAAUUCACUGCAGAAGCGAGCUGAAGGAUACCGGCAAGCUGCGCGUAUUAUAAGCUCGGCUAAGGUGUUUAUCUGGAUAGGUAGUUAAAUUGACUACAAAUCCCCGUCGCUAUUGCGAUACCGCGAGGUACAUGACACACAUUGCUAGGAAAAUUUUUACUGGCGAACAUUCUUGCUUUUAUAAAUACAGCUUUCCAUUUAUAUGCUCCACCCUACCAACAGCCCCUCCAUGGAUCAUCAACACGCUGCCAGUGAACAUAAUUCCUCACCAAUCAUUACCGGAGUACGCAGUAUUCCCCCCCAAAUCAAGAUUCAUGACCGAGUCGGUGAUGAAAAAUGGACAUGGACAGCGUGUCAGCAGGAUGGUGUACCAGCGUGGGCAAUUCUGGACUUAUGCAGCGGCCGGUCUGUGACAGAAAUUAAAUGGGCCAAAUCCGCGGCGACAGGGGACAAGGUCAAGAUUGUAGCGAUUGUCAACAGUGUCGCCAUUGUGCUUGAUUAUGCAGACAGCAAGCUUGACUUUAUCACACGGAUCACGAACUCGCACACCCUCGAGUUGUUGCCCGACAACUUUCUUGCAGUGGCCACGAGCGGCAACACCCAGAAUGAUGGUAUUGCAAUUUACGACAUGAAGGCAUAUAAACCAAACUUUUUUCAAUUUUCGAGCCCGGAACCCGUGCAAAAUAUCACCGGCUUUCCGGCCGUCCACGGAUUGGUAUUUGAUCCUCAUUCUCACAAGCUUUGGGCUGCUGGGAAUGACAAGUCCCCUGACGGUAACGAAGGGCCCAGCCGACCUUUCUUGAAGGCAUAUGCUUUCAACGACAGUACGGCUGCUUCCAGACAGCAGCCAGUCAAUCCGAAUGCAGUUCACGCCUUUAAUAUUUCGGAACCAGUCCAACUCGAUGUCGAAUGGAAAGGCACUCAGUUCCAUUCAUGGUGGAAUGGAGCACAUGAUCUAAUUCCUGUGCCCAAUACACGUACCCUGCUGAUCACGUCAGACCUGGAUGUUCACGCCUUUGACAUCGAGGCUUCCAAUUUUCGGCACGGCAAGGAUGUGGCGUCACAAUUUUUGCCAGGCUUCGUACCAGUGGGUGAGCGCAUUGGAAUGGAUGGUCAAAAGCUUCCUCGCUCCGAUAUCAAGGGAAUCUCGAUCAAUGCUACGGGAGAUUAUCUUUAUGUGCAGUCCAAGUGGAAGGAUUGGUUUGCAGACAAUGUGCGCAUCGUUGAAGGGGAGAAUCAGAACACGUACCACGAUGUAAAAAUUUCACAAAAGGUGUAUAAAUCUCGCUGGUUUGAGGGGGUGGCUGGUUGGUCGAGUGUUACCCAUCCAUAGUGGUGAAUUUUCUUGCAUACAGAAUACAUCGAGCUUUGACUUCAACCCUCAAUAUGACGCUCCACGGGGUGGCUGUUGUGUGAAUCCAUUUAGAAGUAGCGUCAGCUGAUGAAUGCUGAAGGCUGCUAUCGGUAGUAGCUUCUCAUUUUCACACGCCGCUGAUCUACUGAUCUUCAUCUUAUUUGAAUUUA